AUGACCUGUAAUUCUUUCAGUGAACUCUGUUGCCUGUUUUGUUGUCCGCCAUGCCCAGGAAAAAUCGCUGCUAAGCUUGCAUUCUUACCUCCCGAACCCACGUAUGCAUUCACACCUGACGAGACUGGAUCAAAAUUUUCGUUGACCCUCACCGAACGGGCAGAAUGGCAAUAUUCAGAACGCGAAAAAGAGAAUAUCGAAGGUUUCUACUCUCGAACAUCAAGAGGCAACAGAAUAGCUUGCCUCUUUGUUCGAUGCAGCCCCAACGCAAGGUUCACUAUACUUUUCUCGCAUGGGAACGCUGUAGAUCUGGGACAAAUGAGUAGUUUCUAUUUAGGCUUAGGUACUAGAAUAAAUUGCAACAUAUUCAGUUAUGACUAUUCUGGAUAUGGAGUCAGUGGUGGGAAGCCAUCAGAAAAGAAUCUGUAUGCGGACAUAGACGCGGCGUGGCAGGCGUUACGGACUCGGUAUGGAAUAAGCCCGGAGAACAUCAUACUAUAUGGGCAGAGUAUUGGCACAGCAUGCGAGUCGCUUUUCCCCAAUACAAAGAGGACUUGGUUUUUUGAUGCCUUCCCAAGUAUCGACAAAAUCCCCAAGGUGACAUCACCAGUCCUCGUGAUCCACGGUACCGAGGAUGAGGUGAUAGACUUCUCCCACGGCCUCGCCAUAUACGAGCGCUGCCCACGUGCCGUUGAACCGCUUUGGGUUGAGGGUGCUGGCCAUAAUGACGUGGAGCUAUUCAAUCAGUACCUAGAGAGACUGAAGCGUUUUGUUUCGCUAGCGGGGGCCGGGCCCAGUCGGGCCGGCCCCGAAAAACAUGUAACUAAGAUAGACGCGCCCGCCGCUAGCGAAGACGGCCCGCGCAGUCCUCGGCCGACUGUCCCCACGUCCGCCGCUCACAACAUUAGCAUUAGCGUCACCGACGCCGACUCCCCGUGCGUCACCCGCCGCCGCAACCACCUGCGGUCACUCAGCGACGUGACCCCCGCCGCCCGCUCGCCCGUAGCCCGCGCGCGUUCGCACUCGGAGCGACCGCGGGCCUCACCCGGGCCCUCCCCGACUCCCUCCGCCGCCCCCUCCACCGUCCCCUCCCCCCGCCGCCUGCCCGUCCCUCCAGUCCGCACCCCUCACUCGCCCCACUCCCCACGACCCACACACACGUCGCCCACCUUGCGGCCCCGCGCCGUGCGCAGCGAGCGCUCGUCGCCGGACGCCUCGCUCCACAUGCUGUCGGACGAGCCGCGGUCACGGCCUGAACUGGACCCGUGGCGCAAAAUGAGCGACGUGGACCUCGGGCGGGCGGGGAGGACGGGACGCCAGGGACGGACGGUGGCGCGCCGGUCACUGGACGCUCCAAAUGCGCCGGCUACGUCCCGGCCUCUCGACCCCUGGGUGAGGAAGGCUCGGCGGGCUGCCUCUCGGGACGAAGUGUGUGAGACGAGAGCUCGCCGCGGCCGGCUGGAGCGGUCGGCGGUGGUGCAGUGCGAGUCCUGCGGCGGCGGGGGCGGCGCGUGUGAGUGUUGGCGCGGCCGUGAGACGUGCACGUGCUCGCCGUGGACCUCCCCGGCGCGCGUGCCUCAGCUCAGCUCCGCUCAGCGCGCCCUGUCCCACGAGGAGGGCCGUCCCCGUCGCCUGUACAAGUCUUCGUUCCAGAAGGCCAUUUCCAUUUCGUCGUCGGAGUGCGAGAGUCGCGUGCAGGACCCUCUGCUGGAGACCACGUGCUGA